AUGAUUGACCACGUUAAUACCACAAAAUCGUCUCAUUUUCAUCAACCUCGUCCUGGACGACGAUUAAAGAAAAUCUUUUGUCCUCGACACAAAGUGCAAGAUGAGCACGAGCUGGCGAUCUCACCACCCAUCAUUGAUUCUGUCUAUUCACCACUUGCAUCACCUACUAAUCUAAAGAAUCAUGGGCCAUCGCCAUACCAUCAUCAUCAACAACCCCUUGUAUUGAACUCGGUACCACCAAGAGUUAGCAGCAUGCCCAAACGCACAAGCACGAUGCCAACACCAUCAAAAACGAUAUCCACAUCUCAUCAUUCAUCUCUUCCACGACCUCCUCGCAAGUCAAUUUCUCGACCACGCCCACUACCCAAUGAACAGGAUCGUCGUCAUUCAUUCCACUUGCCACCUACAAAUACAUCAGCCACAUCUGUACGUACAGCACCACCUGCCACCACAGCUACUGGUGCUGGUGCUCCACCUAGUAGUCGACUUGCUGAUCUUGGCAACAAAGCAAAACGGCAAUCUCGUGCUGCAGCUAGUGUUGCUGUUUCAGGUGCCCCUGUUCCAGUGAUGCCCGUCAAAAGUCGAUCAACGCCAAUGCGUGUCAAGACAUACAAUGUCAACUAUAACCCACAGGCAGAAAUGGAAAGAGUGCGCAAGCAAAAGGAAUUGGAAGAAUUGAUUGCUGGUGGUCGUCGUGGAAGCACCUUAAAGUUGAGUUUGACGCCCCGUGGUCUUUAA